AAAAAGUCGACGCCAGAAAAGAGAGAGAGAGAAAGGAGAGGAAAAAAAGUCACCAAUUAGAGUCGAAAAGCAGUUGAAUGUCUUCAGACAAACGAAGCCGAAAGAAUCAAUCUUUCACCUUUUAAUUUUUCCCUCUCAAAAAGUUUGUGUAGGAAAAGAGUUGCAAGAGGAAGAAGAAUUGAUGGUGGUGUUGUUGUUGAAGGUUGUAGUAACUGAUUAAAAAUAACUGCUCAGUGGCAUUACUGUAAUUGAAUCCUCAGGGGGGCGGUCACCUGAUGUGGCCUUUAUAUUUUCUGUUAAACAAGAUACUUAAAACAGAUGAUGAAGAAAAAGAUGGGGAUCACAUGAAUGUGGGAGCUGGAUGCUGCCAUUUUGAGCUAUCGUCUGAUAAUCGGAUUGGCCAUGAUGCAGUGUUGCCUCGAUCAUAUUUUGUUCAGGUUCCGCAUAUAAACCAGCUGUUCUCUUGGGAUUGUGGACUUGCUUGUGUUCUGAUGGCUUUGACUACCAUUGGCAUCAAUGACUGUAGCAUUCAGAACUUGGCUGAGCUUUGCUGCACAACAAGCAUUUGGACGGUUGAUCUGGCUUACUUAUUGCAAAAGUUUUCUGUUAGGUUUUCCUAUUACACUGUAACAUUUGGAGCUAACCCAAACUACUCUGGUGAGACAUAUUACAAGGAACAACUGCCUACUGAUCUACUUCGAGUAGAUAUGCUAUUCCAAAAGGCAGUGGAAGCAGGAAUCAAUAUACGGUGCAGGUCAAUCAGUGGAGAAGAAAUCUCUCGCUGGAUCUUGUCAGGGAAGUAUAUUGUGAUUGCAUUGGUUGACCAGUACAAAUUGAGUCAGUCUUGGGCGGGGGAUGUCAUCGUCCCUGGACUAUAUGGCAAUGAUGGAGGCUACACUGGUCACUAUGUUGUGAUAUGUGGCUAUGAUGCUGGAGCAGAUGAGUUUGAGAUUAGAGAUCCUGCAAGUUCUAGACUAUGUGCAGGAAACACAGCAAGGUCUCAUCAAAGUGCCUCGAAGAAGCACGCAAGUCCUUUGGUACUGAUGAAGAUCUUCUUCUGAUAUCUCUCGAGGAGAGCCGGAAGAAGCAGAACUACUCCGUAUUAUGAUUUUCUCAACUUGUCUAUAGUAAGUACUUGAUAUUUUUCUCGCAACUGUUCAUCGAGCUGUUUCUCUUCAGUCUCUGCACUGCAUUUAUUUCAAUCUUGUGUAUAGUAAGCUUUCCAAGAGGAGUAAUGUUCUCAUAUGUUGUGGUUGCUUAUGUUAACCAAAAAAAAAAAAAAUUUGGUUCUUAAUCUGCAAAAUUUACAGGCAUUUGUACAAAAGGUGCAUUCAUUUUGUACAUGAAUUGUAUAUUGCAAUAUAAUAAUAAAUUGUGUAUUUCUUGUUAAAACUCAAAAUUUGUACCAACUCACUUAAAUGGAAGAUUCAAUAUUUUACUUCU